CUGCACAUAGAAUGAAGCACUAUGACCAGCGCUACUGCUCGUCAUUGCUGCACAUUGGUCUGCUAUGCCUAUGGUCAGGCAGGCAGCAGUGGCACUGUAGCUGGUAGGGAACGUAGUACCAAAUUCGUGCCACUACGACCUAGUGUUUUCGAACCAACGUGACUCUCGACGGAACCAUGGAAAUAGUGACUCCGUCACUGCUGUUACUGCUUGCGGCAGUGACGCAAGCAGCAGCCCCUCCCGACAACUGGUGUGGUGAUCGUCAACACCGCCACACGCUGUUCGACAUCGGGCUGACCAGGGUGUUCGGCAUGUCGUCGUUCAGAGAUUUCCAACUGGAAGAGAUCCACCAAACGUUCAGAAAAUUCUGCUCGUUCAGAGUGUGGCUGUGGGAUGGGAAACUUCGGGGCCUGCGGAACAUAAUAAGGGGUGAGCGGAACUUCAUAAAUGUCACCGACAGUGGAGUGGUUGCCCACUUCGAGAUCCAUGGUGGGCCCCUUGCCGUCGCCUACACGGGCACUAUCCGCUCGGUUCUGAUGGACGCACGAGUAAGGGUAGCGGUCUACAUUCGGCAGAUCUACAUGCGCAUCUACGUCGAAGAGUCAUCUCCAAACGAUCUCAGAGUGACUCAUUUUAGCUUCUGGGCCGACCCGGUGGAAUUUUCGGCUUCCAAGAUUCGUGGGAGCAGAGUCGUGUUUGACUUGCUGUUGUCCGUCGCCAGAAGCUCCAUCGAGAAGGCCAUUGACAGGGGAAUGAAUGCCAUGAUGCUGCAGAUCGUGGAAAAGUUCGUGAGCAAGGUUGAGCUAUUUGCCAUGGACGGAACCCCACUUCAAGGUAUACCGAAAGAACAACCGGAUCCCGCCUACACUUCUGCCAUCAGUGUUCCGACACCUGGAGCAAAUGCUUCUUCCUCAGACUUUCCCUUGGGCCAAAGGCAGGAUACCAGCAAAUUGGGAAUCUUCGACCACAUAGUCAAGCGAAUCGUGCUGAAGUCUCGACUAGAUCCGAUUGUGUUCAAUGAUGUUGAUGACGUCGCAUGGCAAGGUUGGAACUUCCUGAUAUCCAACGUUACCGUCGAAGGUCUCCGCCACAUGCGCCGAGGUAGUGACAACUACGCUGCAGUCAAGCCCUGUGGCAUCGACGCUCGUGUGGCACUCUCAUUUGAGAAUCUUCAUGUCCAAAUUUACGCCAGCACUCAGCGUCCCCAGGUUCCAUUAAGAGUGGACGCAAUAAUCCAGGCAGUUGACGUGAUCCUCCAAGUGAAAGAGAAUAACUCGACAAUUGAAAUCGAAGAUUACCAGCUGAGCUUUCCUGUUCCACUGGAGUAUGAAGUGCACGUUCAAGGAUCCAUUUUAGGACGGCUGUUUCGGCUGUUCAAUGGACAUAUGAGAAGAUUGUUAACCGCAGACGAGGCGAAAAGUUUGGAAACAGUAUCGAAGAAAUACAUCAACAAAGCUAUAGUUGAAAUUACAGAAUUCAUCAAAGAUCCGGCGCCUUGGAUGGCCUGGAACAAUUCUAUUAUAGAAGCAUAUAGUAGAUAUAGAGAUCAGCAAAGUUCUUAGAGCACGUGAUGGUACACAAUCUGGUCGCCACACCCGUUCCCUCCAUGCAGGCAGAGUAAAGAUACAUAAUGAAAACUGUUUUACCCAGUUAGAAAUUGUUAAUUAAUUAUAAGACGCCUGUAACCUUUGCUCAAUACAGUCACUUAUGAAGCCGUGGAAUUAAUUUUCCAGCACUUUGAAAUAUUAAAAUCUACGAAACUGUAAAAUCAUAUCAGAUAUAAAGGAUCAUUCUGAAAACAGGUUGUUUUUAAACAUGGCUGCUGCUUAAACCACUUCAAGGGUGAAUACAAAUAGUAAAAGAAGAAGCUCAAUGAGCACUGCAAUAACUAGCACGGACGGGCUCCAAUAAAGAAAGACCAAUUCAAAAUAGAAAACAUUCAUACAGUAUAAAGUUUCUAAUGGAAACAUCGCCAUUUGUCGUUUCUCUCGGUGUAUAGUGAUGUAAAUGUGUGCAUUUUUAUACGUUGUAUGCACAAUGUAAAAAGUUAAGAUUUACCCCGUAAAGUGUAUUGAUCUUUAGCAAUCUCAUUCACCUUACAAGCAUGCAACUUAGCCGUUGGUUAAGGUUGAAGGCACUUGGUUUCUACGACCAGAUGUGGCUAUAUGAGCGAACCGCAUGAGUCUGGCCCUGCUCAUUAGUGUGCACACAGGCACUGCCUCUCUUAACAUUUUUAUGCUCUCAUCUUCCUCCUGAAGACUAAAAGAGCCACUUCGGCACUAAUCUAUCUGCCUUCUAUCUCCUCUUUCAUGCUAUUGAGUCGGUACCAUGUCGUUCAAUGAUGCUGAAAGCCUGUUAGCGCGUGACCUAGAGCCCCGCUAUAUGGAUAGAAUGUGCUUUAAUCCAUGAUAUAUAUUCAUCUACCAUCGCAAAAGAACGGUUAUGCGGUGCACGAUUAACACGUGUGGAUUGUCCUAAAGAAACUUCGGCGCACAAGUAUUGUAGAAGGUGGUAAAUUCACCGCCCACGGUACAGUUACUCUGUAUAUUGAAAUGGGAAAAAAUGAGCACUACACUAAAGUUACUC